AGCACCGUCGUGGCAACUCUCGUUGAGGUUCUGAAACAUCGCAGCCUAGCAACGGAUUGUGACUCCGACAACAUAGGUCCCAGUAACCAAAGAUCCUAUAGGAUCUUUGCCGGUAACAGCGGCCAGACUUCCCUUCGGAACUCUGCGGCCAGCGGGCGGAACCAUGCCAGAUACACGCGAACCCUUCCCCUUCCCCAGAUAUGAAAACGACGAUGAUUUCAGAGGCCGCAGAAAGGAAAGUCAGAGUUUUCAGUACGAGCAGCCGACCCACUUAGCACAACAGGAGGACCCAUGGCACCGGCUGCACGCAGCCGCAACCGUGGCAAGUGCCAACAAAGGAAUCUACCUCUACAAUCCCAAGGCACCCAAAGACAGCCUGGACAUUCAUCUUAAUGCUGUUUAUGAUCAUUCAAACGCAUUUUUGAAGCAGAAAAAUGAGGUGAUUCUUCAAAAAACUACUUGUGAUCCUCAGAGAGGCUGUUGGCUAAGCACCAAUGGACAAUUACCUGAAGACGUGUUUCGCCGGAAAAUAGCAAGGGACAGAGUGCAGAAAGAUAUUUGUGGCUGUGCCCACGAUCACACAGAAACCAGCGCUAUUUACGUACGAGCAAGAUCUCCCCCAAGAUCUUGGGUUUCACCCACAAAAGCAUCUAUUCAUAGCAUCUCUGGAGCAAUAACAAGCCAACAUACCGCGGCAACUAACGGAGGUUAUUCCAGGAAAAUAGACGGUGGUUUCUUUACAAUCUGAAUUAGAGGAUGUUUCUGCAUAAUACUGAACUUAGAUAUUGUCAAGUCUUUGUUCAUUAUCUUCAAUAAGACACUGUAAUAUUAAGAACAAGCUGUACUAGUACUGUGAAGUAGCAUUGAAAGUAAGGACUUCUCCCCAUGUAAUAAGAGAAUUAAAUCACUAGAAAAUGAAAAUUCA